GCCUGCAGGGGGACGAUGUUUCCGCCCGGACACACUUCCGUGUUCGACCCACGCCUCGGCGGCGCUUUGCCACGUCUGAGUGCUGCCGGGAGAGCCGUGUCUGCAGCCGGGUUCGGUCCUGCCGGAGGUCCCUCCGCCGUCGCCGCCGCCAUGGUGUCUGUAAUUAACACAGUAGACACUUCCCAUGAGGAUAUGAUACAUGAUGCUCAAAUGGAUUAUUAUGGCACCCGGUUGGCAACAUGCUCCUCAGACAGAUCAGUUAAAAUAUUUGAUGUGCGGAACGGAGGGCAAAUUCUCAUAGCUGACUUAAGAGGGCACGAAGGCCCUGUGUGGCAGGUAGCUUGGGCUCAUCCCAUGUAUGGAAACAUCCUGGCUUCCUGUUCCUACGACCGGAAAGUUAUUAUCUGGAAAGAGGAGAAUGGUACAUGGGAAAAGACCUAUGAAUACACAGGACACGAUUCAUCAGUGAACUCUGUGUGCUGGGCCCCACAAGACUUUGGGCUGAUCCUUGCUUGUGGUAGUUCGGAUGGAGCCAUCUCUCUGCUGAGCUACACUGGUGACGGACAGUGGGAGAUUAAAAAAAUCAGCAAUGCACACACAAUUGGCUGCAAUGCUGUUAGCUGGGCCCCUGCUGUUGUGCCAGGAAGCCUCAUAGACCAGCCAUCAAGCCAAAAACCAAAUUAUAUUAAGCGUUUUGCUUCGGGUGGCUGUGAUAACCUCAUCAAGAUUUGGAAAGAAGAAGAUGGUCAGUGGAAAGAAGAGCAGAAACUAGAAGCUCACAGUGAUUGGGUCAGAGAUGUGGCCUGGGCUCCCUCCAUAGGUUUGCCAACAAGCACUAUUGCCAGCUGCUCACAGGACGGCAGAGUGUUUAUCUGGAUGUGUGACGAUGCCUCAGGAAACUCAUGGUCACCAAAAUUGUUACAUAAAUUCAAUGACGUAGUCUGGCAUGUUAGCUGGUCUAUUACUGCUAAUAUUCUUGCAGUUUCUGGAGGAGACAACAAAGUAACUUUAUGGAAAGAAUCGGUAGAUGGACAAUGGGCUUGUAUCAGCGAUGUGAACAAGGGCCAAGGAGCAGUAUCUGCCAUUACGGAAGGGCAGCAGAAUGAACAGUGACAGAUUGAAUGAACAACGAUCAAGAAUUUUCAGUCCAAGGAAAUCGACAUGAUUUUUACUAUCUUUUUUUAUUAAACCAGAUUUCCUCAGUCUGGGACUCAGAAAAAUAAAACUCCAAGAACAUUCUAUAGUUGCUUUUAUUCCAACUAUAUACCUUAACAUUUCACUUUAAUUGACACUUUGUAAAAUUUAAAGCAAACUGUACAUGGCGAGAUAGCCAAUAUGUUGGUUUUUUGCUGUAUAAUUCUUCUUUUAGAAUACAGGUUAAUUCCUUGAUCAUUUUACUGGAGAGCUUUGUUGAGCUUUGAAUUGACUCCUGCCUUCCACGAGAAGGAGAGAAAGUUAGGUUUCUGUGGCUUAAAAGUUCUCUUUCAGAAUGAUAUGUCUACUUUCUAGUUUUCUCAUACAGAAACCUUUUUGUAAUAUUUUCUCUUUCAACAAGAAAGGAAGAAGCUAUCAAAUAUGUAGUAGACAGUUCGACCUUAGGAGAGAAGGCUGCCGUUUAUAUAUGGUGUAGGAGCCAAGAAUGCAAAGUAACCUUUAACCUACAGUUUGCUUUCAUGUGUAUGAUGAAAAUAUUUAUAAAUUUGACUUCCAAAAUAAUGCAAACCUAAUAAACUUUAACCCAUUUUGUGUA